CCCCCACCUGACCGCGUAACCUCCCCGGUAUGCCCUGGGGGUCUGGUCUGUCAAUUGACUGGUGCAUUAUGAAAAUAUUUCGAGCAGAGCUCUAACAAAAUCCACAAAAAAUACAGAAUAAGGGCGAAAGCAAUUGAUUUUUCUUUGCGAAAUGUCGGUAAUCUGAAGUUAUUCUUGAUUAUGGAGGUAUGAAUCCGAAUCCAUUCCAUUCUGAACACCACUUAUCUGCUACGUCGAUGCAAAUCCAGUUCUUCUGUUGUAAAUUUCACGUCGCCAGCCCGAUAAAUUCUCAUGGUUGCCGAAGUUCUCGACUCUGACCUUACAGCUAGAAGGUCUUGACGCCGAUGAACAACCUAUUCUGCAACCCCAUCGUCUCCAUCUGCAAGAAAAGUCAGAAACAAAAAAACUAGCUUGAAUAUCACCGGAAAAACGAUGAAUAUCAAUCCAACAUCAGAUGGUAAACCACUUGAUGGAGUAGAUGCGUUUACUUACCUUGAUAGCGUUAGUUUCGAAAUGCAGCCAGCAAUGAUAUCACCGCACGCGGCAGGAAAGCGCAAUUACGGCUCUUUCUUGAUAUCAGAACCUGUGAAUUGCAUCACAAAAGCUUCUUUGGCAAUUGGCGAUUUUGUCAAUCCUUGACUUUUCUAAUCCGAAUCCGUGGCGGAUUCGGAUUAAAGCAAAACUUGAUAUAAAAAAGAUGAGCGGAUCGGCAGAUUCGAUGACCUAUCACUUCACCUCCCCUCCCCCGUAAACCCUAUAUACCUUUGUUGCCAUCUGGAAAUUCAACGAGUACACCUUGCGAACCAAGGAUGCAGACUGGUGCAGAGUGACAAGAAGUCAUAAUGUUGUAUAUGAAAUCAAAUGUUGGCGCAUGAGAUGAGUACGGCAUGUUCUAAGAAUGAACCAGCAACGCGUCUUAAAUGUAAACGUAAGGUGGACACCGUCGAUUCUCGAAGAGGAGCAACAGCCGGUUGCGUGAUAUCGGCAACGAUGGAAGCUUUUUUUGACGCCCUGUUUUUGAAGCCUCAGUUCCAAUUUGAGCGGGGCGCGCUAACGAAAUCGUAUUUAAAACCAAGAGAGAACAAUAUUUUAUUAUUUGUUUUGGAUGCGUGUGUCAUUUGUGUAAAGGAACAACAAACAUUCGAUCGAUUUACUUUAUUAAAAUAUUCAUGGUCAUGAAUGUCAGUCAUGUACUGUGACGUCACACAGUCGGUGCUUGUGACCUCUUGAGAUAGCUCAUGUAUCACGUAUCAUUUGUUAAAAGAUAAAACAUGUUCAGAAACGGAAAGCGAAUUUCAACCCUACCUAGUAAGUACAGUAUCCUUUUAGCGAUACUGUGUGUAUACGAGGCUUUAACCGAACAAGACACUCAGCCCUAUGCUCCCGCGCCCGCCCCGGAGCCCCUGAUGUUAGUGAAGGUUGCCGCUAAGGCAGGUGCGCAUGCGGGUGCCACUCUGGGUCAGAAGGAAGCCGCUGAGAAGGGUGCGCUCGCGGGCGCUUAUGCAGGAGAGAGAGCAGGGAUGAAAGCCGGGGCAGCCGCAGGAGCAAUAGCAGCAAGAAAAGCCGCAACUAGAAUCGUUAUGAAGACGAUACAAGAAGCACUGCGCAAUAUGACUUUGAAUCGCCACAUCUUCAAUAUCUACACUGAAAACAGCUCCAUAGCAAACGCAACCUCGACACCAAAUGCAGGAGGAGGGAAGGCUAAAGUGGGUGGUACGACUGGGGGAGGGGCUACAGCUGGCGGGAAUGUGACGACAGGCGGAGGGACUACGGCAGCCCCAUUCGUAGAAAAACCAAAAAUAAUAGUUAACAAUAAACAAAAAGGGGGAGGGAAAACACCAGCAGUACACCAGUCGUACAAGCCUGUGAACAAGACGAAAAAAGGAGAGCACGCGCAGAACCUCACACGAAAAUACGUCAGGAAUAGCGCCGCUACUAAAGUGGUCUGUUUAAGGAUGGAAUUUAUCAACGAUGCCGGUAUACCUUUCACACUCCUCUCAAACCUAAAACCACAAGGUUACUACGUCUACGGCAAAGUUUUUGAGCUGAAAUUCCUAAUGCCUAAAGCCACCGGUACUGCACCUAAAGGGACUUUGGACAAUGGAGAUGUGGUAAAAGAAGCAUUUGAAAAGAAGACAAAUAUGGGUAGAGAUGCAAGAGUUCACGGGAAUAAGAGGACGAUACGUAAUGUUAUCCCCUGUAACCACCGGUACAAAAAUGCAGGAAGGAAGAUCCAUUCGUCCAAUACAAACAUUCGAAAACGGAUAAAAGACGGAGAUGCUUCCAAGAGCAAUGUGCCCCAGAGAACGACAUCACAUGAUCAAGUCCGUAAGGUUUCCGGUCAAAGAAGACAUUCAACUUAUACAUCACAAGUAAAAAAGCACGAGCAAAAGCCUGUCAAGAAAACAAAUGUGGAACAAGUUUUGAGGGCCAUUGCCAAGCCGGCUUCAAACACACAGCAGAAGAACGUUGUAACUGAGACAUUUCCACAGCUCAGAGAUAUUAUAGGGAAUACAAUGAUCAAGAUAACUUUUAACGCCAUCGACCCGUCAAAUGUGUAUAACCUUUUACUGAAUGGUAGGAAAGCUGUUUCGGUAGUCAUCGCUGAGAGAUGUAUUUUUGCCAUGCAAGUCGUUGUGAUCGUGUCUAAGAACCCGAAAACGACAACAGCACCGCCGACAACACCGACAACACCAAAACCAGCUACACCAGCACCACCACCGCUACCUCCGCUAGCACCCGAGCCACCACCGCCACCACCACCACCACUUCCACCACCACCACCACCGAUACAGACCACUCGACCUACGGCACCUACCACACCCACCACACCGGCCUCCACUACACGCCCUACCCCACCCCCUCCUACCUCGGCCUUGCCUCCGCCUAUAGCUGCUACACCAGUCUCGUCGCCACCAACGUCCCCUCUACUGCCAUCGCCCCCACCUGUGCAGACUACGACGUCUUUAUCUCUCCCUUCGGCAGUUAUCAUCAUACCAGCUGGCUGUAUGCCAACACACGAGGGAAAUUCAAAUGGCGCGUGUUGCUCUUUUCCAUUCACAUACAAGGGAGUUGAACAGAACAGGUGCAUCCGCACCGAGAGAAACUUCAGAUGGUGCGCUACUACCAACAACUAUGACAACGACAAAGACUGGGGCUUCUGUCCACAUUGUAACGUGGCGCAUGGAGGUACUGCUGGCGGUGACUGCUGCCACUUUCCAUUCAUCUACAUAAGUGAAGUUCACCAUAAGUGCAUCAGAGACAGCAAAGGAAAACCUUGGUGCGCGACGACGUACAGCUUCGAUCUAGACCAGAAGUGGGGAUAUUGCGGAGGCCACGCCCCGGGUUCUACACCAGGACUUGUCCUCCCUCCCCUUCCUGCCUGUACCGACUCUUGCAAGGGCAGCUGUGUGGAUUCCUGUCCAGACUAUUGCUGCAUGUGGAAGGGUAACUAGGUCCCGACGGCCUAUCCACCUCACCCUGUUGCCACGUGCCCUCCAUUCAAGUAACCUCUGAUCUGCCGGUCGGACUGCAUGGGGGUGCCUAGGAUGAAAGAUUGUUGUUUGUAAAUGGUGCACAGCGCAUCAUCAUGCUACAGGAGAGAAUACACCAGCAAGCGCAUGCCCAGUUUUCUGUGCGUUGAUGAAGAUAUUCACACCGCAAGAUAUCCAGUAAUUUGCGCUAAAGUCUGUGAGCCAAAUUGUGCCGUUAAAUAUUGUUUCGCUUUUCCCCUCCACUGGCAGCAUAGAGUAUACGACGACCUUCUCUAGGAUGAAGCCCUCUGGGUCCUUGAGUAUCAAUACUUUUUCACAAUAGUAGAAAGCUUACUUAUCUGUCCGAGCCAUUGCGUGAAAUCGUUUGAACCUGACCGUACCAUACGGUGCUGUCCGGACAGCCCGAAACAUGUGUCAGUCAUUGUGAAUUCGGAACCGAAGCCUGGCUCUUGUCCGCCCUCUCCGCGCGGGCUACGUUCUCUUUAGGAAUGCCACAAUUAAAAAUGUUAGCAAAACUAACAGCAAACUAUGCAAGUCGGGCCGAGCCCAUAAGAUCCAAAGCAACUAUAGGAGCCAUUAAUUUCUGGCUAAGACCUAGCUCACCUGAAAGUUUAAAUAGCCUGGCGACUGAGACUUUUGGUGAACAAAAUGCUUACUUUUGUUUUCGUCAUGGUAGCCAAACUAAAGGAGGUAGUAUGUCAGAUAGGCUUACGGUACUUAUGGGACUAUGCAAUUACAUUGGGCGCGAAAAAGUAAUUCUGGAUGUUAUUUAGACAAAGAGGUCGUUCAGUGAUAAUAAACAACACAACGAAAAAAGGUUAAAAAA